AUGAGCAUCGAGAGCAACAUUACACAGGUCGCACGUAUUCUGGGCUAUCAAUCUGAGUCACCGAUCUACCUUUGCAAGGCUCUUACGGCACCAGCGGGAGGCGGGGAAGGGCUGGCAGAUUUUGGUAUUGACGUGAUUCGUUCGUGCCUUUCGUUUAAUGCUUAUGAACAGAACAUUCAAUCAAGUAAGGGCCUCGAAGCUCCUGGAAGGACGAUCAAUCUCACAGGAACAAAAGGCUACAUUGCCGAAAGAAAAGAUAAACUGUGCACAUACGCUCACCUUGCCUCCGUUGCCCAACGCACGACCAUUGACAGAAUGAUCGUAUACAACCCACAGUUCGUCGAGGAGGGUCACAUCAUCGUCGGAAAGGCUUUGGCAGCGAUUAUUGCCGCUGCACAUCUCGACUGUGGGAGAAGUUAUCUACGGACGUGGCAGAUACUGGAGUACAUAGGGUUCUUCACAGAAGAGGACAACGGGGUGAAUCCCUCAUGGCUACACACUAGCAUAAAUAUGGAUACGCAUGUGCCUGUAGCACUGCCUGAGAAAGGCGGUAAUUGUGCAGGAGCGGCGGAUAUGCUCGGAGCCAUGAGCAUAGAAUGUCAGCACAACUCAAGUCUGUACGAUAUUGAGUGCACGAAUGGUCAUCCCAUGCCCCCAGCCUUCAGCAGUGUCCAACAAGGGAGUGAUGUGCCAAAUGCAGUGCAAGAGAGUGAUCGCAAACGAUCAGCGGAUAUCUCAUUCAGUAAGAGUGGGGGUGAUCAGAGGAAGGCAAAGCAAGUUCGACGACAGAAGGAUAGUCCGACGGAAUCCUUCCUGGCGCAAGAAAGCAUAAAAUGUCAAGAAAAUCGUCUUCCAACUCCACAAGAAUCGUACUUUACCGCGGACAUUGCGAGAGCCAUCGAGAGGGUAGAUCAUAAGCUAUCGAAGGAUGUCUUGGAACGGCUAAUAUUAGGCUCUGGCAGCGCACAGUCAGUCCUGGUCGUUCAAGAGGCAAUUCAAACCUGGAGAGGGAGGGCCGACCUGUCUUAUUUGCAGAUCUCUAACCACUCAUCGAAGGCACAGACAUAUAACAAUAUCUCUCUUAUAAGCCAGCAAAUCACAGGUCUGAAUUUAUUUCGAAGGUAUCAAAUCUCUUACUUAUUUGAAGAGUGUGGUGGAUGUGAGACACCGUCACUUUCAGGGUUCGUUGCAACCCCAGGUUAUAUCGUUUCGGGGGAAAGACGGGCAGGAAAUCCCCGCAACAAUGCAGAGGCAGAGCUUACCAGAGCGAUGAUGAAGCAAGUGCUUCCUCAUGUUAAACGGGAAUCUUCAGAGUGGAGGAAAGGAUACAAAGAUGUUAGCAACCUUCGAAUACUUGCACGGAGAUUUCACAUCUUACAGGGGCGUUUCGGUAGAGGCAUUCUCGCACUGAUACCAUACCCGCUACAAUCCUACCAAACAGGUCUGGAACUAUCAGAUAAUAUGCUCUUAAAGGUGCCGGAGUCCAUUUUCCCGCAAAUUGUUUCCAUCCUCGAUCACUCCCAGGGUGACUAUUUGCGGGAAUUGAGCAAAGCAGCCUGGAAAACUAUAGGGACGAUGCUUUACCAACCUCGAGACUUUUGCCCUCCGUUCCAGCUCGAGAUAAUCGAACCUAGCUAUAUAUUAGAGCAACCGAAGGAUCUACAUACCAUCCUUCCUCUCCUAAAUUGACGGUCGGUCGCUGAGUAAAGAAUCACAACGAGCAAAGUC